GUGCAGAGGUGACUGUCACACCCCUGCAGACAAGCGGUGAAGCAGCAGCAAGUCAUAAACCUGCGAAGAGCAAGUCUGAAAAGCCCAGGAAGAGAGCAGAGACAUCACCUGCUACAGGCACACAGCCCCACACAGGCAAAGCACCAAGAACAACCAGAUUCGAUGGGCUGAACAAGGAAGCCAUCCUGCAAGAGAUCAAGGAGUACAUACCUAACAACAGGAUCUCUUUACCUUCCUUAGCCGAGUUCCAAAAGUAUGACCUUCCUCGUUUCAGAGAAUUUAAGAAGCAAGGAAUCCCUAUUCGGAUGGGGAAGUUUACUCAGGCUGAGACCAAGCGUUUGAAACAGAAUGUGAAGGACUACCUGGCUCUGUCAGGUGUAGAGAGUGAGACUAACCUCUUCAUGCCCCAUCUCUUCCCUGACGGAAAGGACAUUAUCAGGCAGAAGAGGAAGUUAAGAUUCAUGAAGUGUUUGUGUGAAGGGAUACCACGGCCCUCCAGCAGCAUACGAUUGCGAGCGAGGGAAAUGUACGACCCGGGUUAUCUAUUGGGAAGGUUCACAGACGAAGAGAACCAGGAGUUACUGAACCUGCACAAACUGCAUGGGCAUAACUGGAGGCUCAUCUCAGAGAAAAUCGGUCGCAGUCUAGGAUCGACAAGGCAACGGUUUCACAUGAUUUGUGAUGGUCGUGGGCCAUGGACAGAGGAGGAGUUUAGGAUCCUGCUGACAAGUGUGCGGCAGCAUCUGCUGAAGCGGGCAACACCAGGUGAGGAUGGCAGCAUCGGCUCUGCGGUCGUCAGGAAAGUAGAUUUGUACAAGCAACUUCCCUGGAUGAAUGUGAGCAAGCAGGUUCAGACUCGUAGUUGGCUCCAUUGCAGGACAAAAUGGAUGACCUAUCUGACAUGUAAAAUGAGAACCGGCAGCGUCAUGAAAGGCAGGAAGACACUUGAGAGUCAAAUCCAGCUGAUCAAAGCGAUUAACAAAAUGGUUGUGGAAGACGCAGCAGACAUUGUAUGGGAUGACCUCACUCAUCUGUUUGGGAAUGCACACCCGGCCUAUUUACAGAUGAGAUUCCACCAGCUGAAAGUAGCCCAUGUACCAGGAUGGAACACCAUGGAGGACUUCUGUGAUGUCAUCGACCACCUGUACGAGAAGACGCUUCCUCAACUGGAUGAGGAGCUAAAGAAAUGCCGAGAGGAGGAGGAGGAGUCAACUGAGGAGAGAGACUCCUAUAGGCUGUCUGAGAUCUUCCCUGACCUCUGAUAGGCUGUCUGAGAUAUUCCCUGACCUCUGAUAGGCUGUCUGAUGAGGA